AUGUCUUCUGAUACCCCAAGAGUAUUAUCUAUUCAAAGUCAUGUAGUACAUGGCUAUGUUGGUAACAAAAGUGCUGUUUUUCCACUUCAGGUGUUAGGUUUUGAAGUAGAUUUCAUAAAUACUGUCCAAUUCUCAACACACACUGCCUACAAACAUAUAAAAGGACAAAGUUUAAAAAACGAAGAGUUGGAUGACCUCAUAGAUGGGUUGACUAUGAACGAAGUAGAUUAUUACACUCAUUUCCUAACUGGCUACUCAAGAUCACCUGAUUCAUUGAAGAAAAUUGUAGAAAUUCUCAAAAAGUUAAGGGAAAAGAACCCUAAUCUAAACUACGUAUGUGAUCCUGUAAUGGGUGACAAUGGAAAAAUGUACGUACCUGAAGAUAUAUUGCCAGUAUACCGCGACAUUGUGGUUCCAUUAGCUGACGUCAUCACGCCAAACCAGUUUGAGGCAGAAUUGAUCACAGGAAUGAAGAUGAACAGCCUACAAGACGCUUUGAAGAUAAUUGAAGCUCUGCACGAGAAGGGACCUAAAACUGUUGUUCUCUCGAGCACAGAACUCGGAGAUGAGUACUGUAUGAUUGGAAUUGCUAGCACAGCGGGAGUUCAGUAUCAGAUUAAUAUUCCGAAGGUGGACGCCACAUUCACUGGGACUGGUGACUUGUUUGCAUCACUCUUCCUUGCAUGGUGGCACAAGACUAAUAACAACUUGAAACUGACGCUUGAAAACACGAUAUCUACGCUACAGAUCAUUGUCAAAGAUACAUAUCAGAAAGCUAGAGACGUUCAACCCACUGGCAAGAUUCCACCACAACUGAGAGAGUUGCGCAUCAUUCAGAAUAAGAACAUCAUUGAGAACCCAAAGAUUACCAUCAACGCAAUAGAGCUAAGUCCUAAAUGA